UCAAGCAGUAGGGAUAAACUAUGCUGGUUCGUAGGGAUGUUGAUUUUACUGAUGAUCUGCCAAAAACAUCAGCUGUGCCUGGCUGCUCUGCUCAUGCCUGGCAGAUGCGCAUGUGUAUGGUGCAAUAACCAGAACGAAAAGUUACUCAGCUCCGUUUCCUAAGGGUCCGUGGCUAGUGGAAAGGCAUCCGUGACGUCCCGCGGAGAGAGGCUCCAAGAGAGAGGUUCGGGCGUGCAGUUGGGAGUUCACGAGGAGCUCUCACAGGCCAGUCAUGUUUUAUUUCUGAAGGUCUUAUUGCACCCGGAGGACCUUUACCACGUGGAGCAAGGGUUCAGAGGGCUUGCCCGACUGGCAGGCACGUGGCUAGCGCCCUCAGCUUCCAGGUUGGUGGCCGGGCAGCCCGACGGCAGGACUCUUCUUAUCUCUGUAGGUGCUGUGUCUCUGGGGUAGAGCACAGAACAGAUACUUUGCUGGCAAGUGAUUUUUUAGUUUUUUUUUCCCCGUCUCCAAGGAAUUUGACCUCGGCUGGCUGCCAGAUGCCCACCCAGCCACGCUCUCACUCACCCUCCGCAAUAGGACAAGGGAGAAAAUAAAAUGGAAAAGUUCAUGGGUUGAGAUAAAGACAGGGAGAUCACUUACCAAUUACUCUCAUGGGCAAAACAGACUUGACUUGGGGAAAGUUAACUUAUUGCCUAUUAAAAUAGCUUUGGAUGGUGAGAAAAUUAGAACACCACUGUCCCCUCAUCCCCCCUUCUUCCCAGGCUCAACUUCACUCCUUCAUUCCUGACUCCUGUAUCUCCCCCCUGGCCCCCAAAGUGACAGGUGGAAUGGGGAAUGAGCAUUGACCUCAGUCCAUAAGAGUUGCCCUCUGCCACUCCAUCAUCCUCAAAAAUUUCCCAUGCUCCAGCAUGGCUCCUUCCCACCGGCUGCUGUCCUUCAGGGUAAGCCUGCUCUGGCAUGGGCUGCUCUCCAUAGACUGAAGCUUCCUUCAGGGCAUGUCCACAUGCUGCAGCGUGGGGUCCUCCACAGGCUGCAGUGUGGGUGUCUGCUCCACAGGUUGAAGCGGGGACAAUCUGCUUCACCAUGGUCUUCUCUAUGAGCUGGAGGGGAAUCUCUGCUCCAGCACCUGGAGCAUCUCCUCCCCUUCUUCUUCACUGACCUGAGUGUCUGCAGGGCCAUUUCUCACAUUUUUUCUCACUUCUCACUGCUGGGAAGAUUUCUCAGAGGUGCCACCAGCUUGGCUGAUGGGCUCAGCUGUGUGCUGCAGUGGAUCUGUUGAGCUGGCUGUGUCCAGCCCCCUGGUCUCUUCUGACAGAGGCCACCCCCGCAGCCCCCCCAAUGCCAGCACCUGGGCACCUGCACCCAAUGCAGUACCUGUGAGCGGCAGCUUUGCUUUCCUGAACACUAAAGGAGGGGUGAUGCUAUCCGGGCCUUCUGAAGGCAUUCUGACUUCUGCAGCUGAUCACGCAAUGCCUAGAAGACAAAUCUCACUCCUGUUAGCCAGGUGGCACCACUGGCCUUCAUGUAAUGAGCUGAGUUUAUCGUGUCAAGUUGUAUUUUUCUUUGACGUGUAUUUUAGAAAUAUAUAUUUUAGGGAAAAACAGUGACCAAGGUCCAAGCCACAGAGGUCAGGGUCAUUUCUGUGAUGCUUACAAUGACCCAUAAACAUACAAACAUAAAUUCCUCGGUUCUGGGUCAAACCUGCACUUCCCAACUGGAGGGAUCUCCUUUUCUGAGAAGUGAUUAGACUUCUGACCAGAUCAGGGAUAUCACAUAGUUUGACACCUUUGGAAAAGACCUAUGCUUUAAUCUGGAUUUCUCUUCUGAUGUUAGGGCCAAGCAAGCAGCCAAGCAUCGGUCAGCUCUUCUGCACCUGUGGUAUCUUCUGACUCAUCCGUCUGCUCCUGAAAUGCAGUAUGCUUGGUAUUGGCUCAAUGAUUCUGGGCAGUGGAUUGAGUAUGGGGAAGAGCAUCCAGAUCACUGCUCUGCCACGGUAACAUCUGCAGACCUGGAGAAGAAAUUUUUAGCUGACCAGAAAGGCAUUGUGUUAUUCAGAGCUGGAUCUCAGAAGUAUGCUUUAAACUUUAAAGACAUGGUCCAAACAAAUUUGAUCUAUGAAACUCAAAGAAAAGUUGCCCGACUGCCAAAGUUUCUGCCCUCUCAAGGUGGACAAGACAGAAGCCAAAACAUGGCUCUAUCGUGUUUUGUCUGUCCUCCGCAAUGGGACCAAUCUGCACUGCCUGAUGUUGGGUUCAAGUUGGUAAAGCUCAGCUACACUUCCCACGAAUAUGGAAAAAUUAAGACGCUCUUUAAGAAGACGAUGGAAAAUUACUGCAUCCGCCAAAUGCAGAGGAUCCAGAAUCCAACGCUUUGGCAAGUUUUUCAGUGGCAGAAGGAGCAGAUGAAGAAGCUCAAUAAAUCCCAAUGGGUGGAUGAGCGGCUCCUGUUCCAUGGGACAAGUCUGUCCCACAUGUCCGCCAUCUGUGAGCAGAACUUCGACUGGAGGAUCUGUGGGACUCACGGGACAGUAUAUGGAAAAGGGAGCUACUUUGCCAGAGACGCCAGCUAUUCCCACGAGUACUGCGCCCCUCGCAGUGGUCACUACAGCAUGUUUGUAGCUCACGUUCUUGUUGGAGACUUUGUUCAAGGAAACCCCGAAUACCUUCGCCCUCCACCCAGACCCGGCAAUUCAAACAGACUCUAUGACAGCUGCGUGGAUGAUCUGACAGACCCUUCCAUCUUCGUUAUCUUUGAGAAGCACCAGAUUUACCCUGCCUAUAUCUUGGAGUACAGCAGCGAGACCCAGUGUAUGAUCCUGUAAUGAAUGGCAGAAUCUCCUUUGAAUUUACACUGAAUAAAUUACACUUUAGUACA